UGGCGCCCACCCCACCUCUCUCUCCCUCGGGCCGAAAGAGCAGCGCAGCCGCCGCUCGCUCGAUCGGCCGGAAGGAGAGCAUGGGGCGCCUCCAGCAUUACCACCGCUCCCGCUCCGCCUCCUCCUUCGCGCGCUCCUCCGACACCGCCGCCACCGACAGCGACGUGCGCAGCCUCGCCGUGCCUGUCGCCGCCGCCGCCGUCGACUGUCCCUUCGGCCACGUCGAUGGACUCACCCGCGCUGAGCUCCGGGAGGCCGCCUACGAGGUGUUCUUCAUGUCCUGCCGCAUCGCCGGGGGUGGCCGGCUCAACUACUUCCCGGCAGGGGAGAGCGGGGGUGACGGGUCACCGACCAUCGGCGCCGGCCCCAGGGGCGGGACUGGGAUGAACGUCGUCAGCAGCAGGGUCAAGAGGGCGCUGGGGCUCAAAGCGCGUAGGUCAUCGCAGCCGACCACCGCGCGAAUCGCCAUGAACGCGUCAUCGGCGCCCGGCUCGCCCAGGCGUGCCAUGCGGCAGGCGUCGACACCGGUGUCGCCCGGGAAAGGGAGGCGGCCGAUGACCUCCGCUGAGAUCAUGCGGCAGCAGAUGCGGGUCGCGGAGCAGAGCGACGCCCGCCUCCGCAAGACGCUCAUGCGCACCCUCGUCGGCCAGGUGGGAAGAAAAGCUGAGACGAUCAUCCUGCCCCUAGAGUUGCUCCGGCAGCUCAAGCCCACCGACUUCGCCAACAACGACGAUUACCACCAGUGGCAGCGGCGGCAGCUCAAGCUCCUCGAGGCCGGCCUCGUCGUGCACCCUUCCCUCCCGCACGACCACCUCAGUGUCGUCGUGCUCCGGUUCCGCGAUGUCGUGCAGGCCACCGACGCCCGCGCCAUCGACACCGGCAAGACAUCAGACGCCAUGCAAGCCCUCUGCAACGCCGUGCACGCGCUUGCUUGGCGCCCCACUCCCGGCAGCAGGUCCCCCAGCGAGGCCUGCCACUGGGCCGACGGCUACCCUCUCAACGUGCUACUCUACGUCUCGCUCCUCCAGGCCAUCUUUGACCUUAAGGAGGAGACCGUCGUGCUCGACGAGGUGGAUGAGCUCCUGGAGCUAAUGAAGAGGACAUGGACAACGCUAGGCAUCAACAAGAUGAUGCACAACGUGUGCUUUGCUUGGGUCCUUUUCCGGCAGUACGUGGUCACUGACCAGAUCGAACCGGACCUCGCCGGCGCGGCGCUCGUCAUGCUCACGGAGGUGGCAACCGACGCAAAGCAAGAGAACCACGAUCCAGUGUACUCCCGGGUGCUCUCGAGCACCAUUGGCGUGAUACACGACUGGUCGGAGAAGAUGCUACUUGACUACCAUGAGUGGUAUGGGAACGACAAUUGUGGCGCCAUGGCCAUGGAGAGUGCUCUUUCACUGGCGCUCGCCACAAGCAAGAUCAUCGCCGAUAAUGCGACCGGCACAGGCAUCAACACGGCGAGCACCGAGGACGACGACUGCAGCGUUGGAAGCUUCGCCGGCGACUGUGCAGAUUACUACGUGAGGUGUUCCAUGAGAAGCGCAUUCACUAAGUUACUGCAGAAUGGACUCAGACAAGGGGACGGCCUAAUUAUCGAUCGCGGCGACGAUGACCCGAGUGACAUCCUAGCGCGGCUCGCCAGCGACACAGAGCAGAUCGCGUUGUGGGAGUACGACAGCUUCAGCCCGGUGCUGCGACGGUGGCACCCGUUCCCGGGCGCGGUCGCCGCGGUGACCCUGCACGGCUGCUACGGCGUCAUGCUGAAGCAGUACUUGGGGAAGGCCUCCGGCCUCACCAACGAGCUCGUGCACGUGCUGCACGCGGCUGGUAGGCUCGAGAAGGCGCUGGUGCAGAUGGUGGUGGAGGACGUGGCGGACAGCGACGACGGCGGCAAGUCGGUGGUGAGGGAGGUGGCGCCGUACGACGUGGAGUCCGUGGUGGUCGAGUUCCUCAGGACGUGGAUCUUGGAAAGGCUCAGGAUCUGCAAGGAGUGCCUCCACCGAGCCAAAGAAACCGAGAGCUGGAUGCCGAGGUCCAAGAAUGAGCCCUACGCGCAGUCGGCGGUGGAGCUGAUGAAGGUGGCCAAGGCGACCGUCGACGAGUUCUUCGGCAUCCCGGUGAGCGUGAGGGACGACAUGGUCCAGGACCUCGCCAACGGCAUGGAGACGAUCUUUCACGAGUACAUCUCCUUCCUCGCCUCUUGCGGCAAUAAACAGAGCUACCUCCCGUCGCUGCCGUUGCUGACGAGGUGCAACCAGGACUCGAAGAUAAUCAGGCUGUGGAAGAAGGCGGCGACGCCGUGCCGGGUGCCCGUGUCGAGCCCUCGUGGCAACGUGCACCAUGGCCAGGGCAGCAUGGCGUCCGGCGGCCAGAACCCGCGGCCGUCGACCAGCCGCGGCACGCAACGCCUCUACGUCCGGCUCAACACGCUCCACUUCAUCCUCAGCCACAUCCACGCGCUCGACAAGUCGCUCUCCUUCUUCUCCCACGGCAGGUGCUCGUCGCCGGCCGCCGCCGCCACCACCCGCCUCCUGGCGCCGUCCUCCCACUUCGACCGCGCGCGCACCGCAGCGCAGUCCGCGGUCGGCCACGUCGCCGAGGUCGCCGCGUACCGCCUCAUCUUCCUCGACUCGCACCACUCGUUCUACGAUGGGCUCUACGUCGGCGGCGUCGCUGACGCCCGCAUACGUCCGGCGCUCCGCACAUUGAAGCAGAACCUGUCGCUGCUCCUCUCCGUCCUCGUCGAUCGCGCGCAACCAGUAGCAGUGCGGGAGGUGAUGAAGGCCUCGUUCCAGUCGUUCUUGCUGGUCCUUCUCGCCGGCGGCAGCGACCGGAGCUUCACAAAGGACGACCACGACAUGGUCGAGGAGGACUUCCGGAGCCUGAAGCGCGCCUUCUGCACACGCGGCGAGGGCCUGGUGACCGAGGAGGUGGUCGACGGCGAGGCGGAGGCGGCAGAAAGCGUCGUGGCGCUCAUGGGGCAAACGGCAGAGCAGCUCGUGGAGGAGCUGAGCAUCGCGUGUGAGUUGAGCGCCGUGAGCUCCGCUGGCCAGAGGAUGCCGGUGCCAGCGACGACAUGGCGAUGGAGCCGCACGGACCCGAACACGAUCCUCCGCGUUCUCUGCCACCGUGACGACGUGGUGGCGAGCCACUACUUGAAGCGCACAUUUCAGCUUCCCAAAAGGCGGUGACAAACUUUCGAUUCGCAAUGCAAAUUUCAUGGGCGUGUGUUCUUGUUGGAAGCAAAUAAAGCUCAAAUCAUCUGGAAAAAAAAACCUGAUCUAGCUUCAAUUGUGCAGGAGAAGAGAGAAGCUGCAUGAUUCGUAAUUCUAAUUCUACUGCCGAUUUGCAGCAGGUGUUGGUGCUGUACACCAAAAU